GAGGAGCAGUAGUUAAGAGCGAGCAGCCCGCGGUCAGGCCUGUGUGGACACGGGGCCGUUAUUCUGCUUUGGUGAGGAGCCUCUACACACAUGUGAUGCAGUCGCUCGCACAGGAAAUCAAAUCAUUCUCCAAAAACAACUUGAGAAAACAAUGCACCAGGGUGACGACUCUGAGUGGGAGACGGAUUAUUGAGACGUGGAAAGGAUCGACAGUGCAUGUGGUGGAGGACACAGGACAGCCCGAAACACCAUGUGGAUACGUGCAGGACAACACCUGGGACCUCCAAGUGGGAUACAUCAGACCCUAUUUACUGGUCGGCUCACAAGAUGCUGCCCACGAUUUUGGCACUUUGAGGAAGUACAAGGUCACACACAUAUUGAACGUGGCGUACGGUGUGGAGAACGCCUUUCCUGAGCUGUUCAUCUAUAAAACACUCAGCAUACUGGACCAGCCAGACACUGACAUCAUCUCACAUCUCCAGGAGUGCUUGCAGUUCAUAGACAAGGCCAAGGCUGAGAAAGGUGUGGUGUUGGUUCACUGCAACGCUGGCGUUUCUCGUUCAGUCUCCAUCGUUAUUGGAUACCUGAUGUCCAGGGAAGGCCACUCAUUUGAUGAUGCGUCUUCUUUGGUGAAGUCAGUGAGGCCGGCGUCGUGUCCGAACCCGGGAUUCCUGGAACAGUUAAAGAACUUCAAACCACAAAGCAGCACACAAGCGAACGGUUUGGGUCACGUCUGAACAGGGAUGGCUGUUCGGCUUCCAUGAAUAAUGCCGGUAAUAAAAGCCUCCAGUGCUUCCCCAGAGUUUUUAGAUGGCUUUGAUUUGACCAACUGUAUCUUAUAUAGGAAUGUAUUGUUAAAUGUUUACUUGCGAUGUGCAAGUAUGCAAAGUGUCCUUCCACAGUUCAGAGCGUUUU